CUGCAUGCUGGGCCGGGACAGCCCCCUUCCCGCGCUGUGUGAGCCGUAGAGUCUGCGCUGUCGCCGCCAUGUUGCCAGCUGCCGCUACCGUCAGCCUCUAGCUGCGCUCCCCCCACCCCCCGUGUCUGCCCUCCCUUCCUCCCCCCUCUGCCUUCUCCUUCCCCCCCUUACAGCCCGCUCCGGAGCCGCCAGCAGGAGGAGGAGGGAGGAGAAGGCCGCGGAGUCCCUGAGAGCAGCUCGCCCAGCGCCAGCCAUGUCCACCGUGGACGGUAAACAAUCCACCACCGAGCGGGCGGUUAAAUCUGUCCCAUUUCCCCCAACACAUCGGUUAACAUCAGACGAAGUGUUUGACUCUGAUGGGAGACCUAGAGUGGACAUUCUAAAGAAUCAUUUGAUAAAAGAAGGCCGAGUAGAUGAAGAAAUUGCACUUAGGAUCAUUAAUGAGGGUGCUGCAAUAUUACGGCGAGAGAAGACAAUGAUAGAAGUAGAAGCACCUAUUACAGUUUGUGGAGACAUUCAUGGGCAGUUUUUUGACCUGAUGAAGUUGUUUGAAGUGGGUGGAUCGCCAGCUAACACAAGAUACCUCUUCCUUGGGGACUACGUAGACAGAGGUUAUUUUAGUAUAGAGUGUGUGUUGUAUUUAUGGGUUUUAAAGAUCUUGUACCCCAACACUCUUUUUCUUUUGAGAGGAAACCAUGAAUGCAGGCAUCUUACAGAAUAUUUCACUUUUAAGCAAGAAUGUAAAAUAAAAUAUUCCGAGAGAGUCUAUGAGGCCUGCAUGGAAGCUUUUGAUUGUCUUCCGUUAGCUGCACUUUUAAACCAACAGUUUCUUUGUGUUCAUGGAGGACUUUCCCCCGAAAUACACACGUUAGAUGACAUUAAGAGAUUAGACAGGUUCAAAGAACCUCCUGCAUUCGGUCCAAUGUGUGAUUUGUUAUGGUCAGAUCCUUCAGAAGACUUCGGAAAUGAAAAGUCACAGGAACAUUUCAGCCACAAUACAGUUAGAGGAUGUUCUUACUUCUAUAGCUACCCUGCUGUCUGUGAGUUUUUGCUGACUAAUAAUUUGCUGUCAAUCAUUAGAGCACAUGAAGCACAGGAUGCUGGUUACCGAAUGUACAGAAAAAGUCAAACGACUGGAUUUCCUUCGUUAAUAACGAUAUUUUCAGCACCUAAUUACUUAGAUGUCUACAAUAAUAAAGCUGCUGUUUUAAAGUAUGAAAAUAAUGUGAUGAAUAUCAGACAGUUCAACUGCUCACCACAUCCAUACUGGCUGCCCAAUUUCAUGGACGUCUUCACAUGGUCGUUGCCGUUUGUUGGAGAAAAAGUAACCGAGAUGUUGGUGAAUGUUUUGAGCAUCUGCUCUGAUGAUGAACUCAUGACAGAGGGAGAAGAUCAGUUUGACGAACGACUCAUAUAUGGCAAUAAGAAAGUAGGUACAGCUGCUGCCCGAAAAGAAAUCAUCAGGAACAAAAUUCGAGCGAUUGGAAAGAUGGCAAGAGUCUUUUCUGUACUCAGGGAGGAGAGUGAAAGCGUGCUGACACUGAAAGGCCUAACUCCCACUGGAAUGUUGCCUAGCGGGGUUCUGGCAGGAGGACGGCAAACUCUACAAAGUGCCACAGUUGAGGCAAUUGAGGCUGAUAAAGCAAUACGAGGAUUCUCUCCGCAACAUAAAAUCUGCAGCUUUGAAGAAGCAAAGGGAUUGGACAGGAUCAACGAAAGAAUGCCUCCCAGAAAAGACGCAAGACAGCAAGACGGUAUUAAUUCAGUAAACAUAAAUGCCAAGGAAAACAAUGGGACUGGCAAUAACAACACGCAGUGACUGCACCGUGUCAGAGUUUACUCACACCUUGCCUGAGAAGUCCUAGAUUAAUGCUUUGUGACAUAACAGCUUCAAUAACCAAGAGGAUCUGGAAGAUAUAGACUGUUUUAAGAUCCUUGGGUAUGCAGCUGAUUCCUGUGCAUCAAUUAUCAUGCUUUCCAAGAGGAAAACAAAAUUCACUUACGAUCUGGACAUGACUUGGGCAAGUUUAGAGCCAGCCACUAUCUCUAGUAUUUGAAUCAUGGGAAAGUAUGGAGCUGUUUUCACGAAAGCUCAUCUAGUGUAGCAUCUCACGCUUAUCAUUGUUGACACUUAAGUUUACAAAUGGAAAUCUUGUUUUUGUUCACUAGAUAGAUUUUUCUGUAUCUUUUUUUUUAUUAUUAUUAUUUUUGACAAGAAUUACAUCCCUCAAAGCUAUUUAUUUAAAAGACAUUUGUUUAUUAAAUGUCUUUAAAAGAUAGAUUAGAAUUGUCUUAAAUAUGCUGAGGCUGCAACGUGUAGUUGGCAACAGACAAACCAAUGCCAAAAUAAAGUUGGCUCUUCUGUAAUGCUGACCUCAGGUAUAAUGAUUAGAUGUUGCAAAUUAUGUAUUAUACUCACGGUAUUUUUUAGUUUUAAGGCUUAUGAAAAGAUUUCUACAUAGGAACAUUUAUUACUUGAACACAGAUCAAAAGAAAUAAUUUCAGUACA